AUGCCGAAACACUGCAACCGGGGUUGUCCUGUUUGUUCUAGCAGAGGCAGGUCUUUUGUGAGGAUUGUAGCUGCGGGAGAUAGGGUCAGUACACCAGAUUUCAGCAUCACAGUCAUUGUACUGGUUGCCGCAGUGGUGCUUCUCCGCACAGGUGCUGGUGGUUGCGACUGUCGACAAUUGUGUGUCAUACAACAUGUCCAUCACAUGUUUGAUCAGGCUGCCUCAGUGACGGUUAUGACCGUGGCGCAGUUCUUCAGGUCACUUAUUGCUGCAAUAGCUGGGGAGGUUGGAAAGGAGCGUGAAUUGUAUGGCCAGUCUCUUGUAAUCAUCCUCCCUAAACUUUGAUUUGAUAUUUCUGCAUCUGUUGUACUGCAAUUUAAUUUUCGUGGAGCGGGUCCGAAGCAGCUGGGUAGCUGCCCUCAAAUUAGGUGGGAGUUGCUUAUUGUACAACAAAGUAGGGUAUUAGCUUGAUGGUCUAUUUUGCAAGAUAAAGCCAGUGCACAUGUUUAGAUUUCUAAUUUUAAUUCGAUAGUUUUUGUAGGAUUGUUUGCAUAGGCAUUAAUAUUUUUUAUUACAUCUCUUUUAUUACAUCUAUUUCGAGACACUAUGCUCGUUAUGCUUUUAGUCAUACUUAACAUUUUGUUCUAGCUGGGCCCUCACUUUUCCCCUUGACCCCAGCC